AUGUUGAGUACGACUCGUCCCUCUUAUUCGUCAGUAGAAUGGAGGAAAUGUACACAAGCAUUCAAGGAGUUUGUUUGUCACAACGGACCAACGGCGUUUACAUUUGAAAUGCGACCGUCUCACGCUCCCCAUUUAACUUAUACCCUCGAAGGUAUGUUAACCUUAGAACAUGAUUCACUCAAGAUACGCAAAGGGGAGGAUCACUGUUUGGACUGGGAAAAUUUGCGCACCUCUAUGAUUAGGUUUCGCAUGCCGCGAAACCAAGAUUUUCUACAGGCCUUUGAAGCAGCACGAGCGCAAUUUAUUGCAGAAUGGGCAUUACUGGAGGAGAAAGAGCCAUUAUUAUGCCAACAGUAUGAGGGCAUGCGUGCCCAGUUACAGGACCACACCUUCCGGGUCCAGCAGGAUGCAAACAUGCAAAUCCAGCAAAUGCAACAACAAAUGGCCCAAUUGUAUCAAGAAGCCGCAGCUGGCAAAGCGUACCAGCAAGAGUUGGAGACGCAUAUCAAUCAACUCCUGGCAGAAUUGCAACAGAAAGACACACAAAUCAUGCAAACGCAGUCGCAACUAGCGGUGGCGAUCGGACAACCACAACACCAAGGCCAACAGAAUGGUUCUGGAGAAAUUCACAGUCCCGCACCUCAGAUUCCCCGACAACACGACACCACUUUGACACAACAGGCACGGAGAACGGAGCAGUAUGCAUCCGCAGCGGGGGGAUGUCCCGCGGAGGCUCCCCGGGCAACACAGGAAAUACGGCAAGUUUGGAUUGAGCCAGUAAGACCUGAAGAGCGUAUUCGGACUUUUGAAGGUGUAAUGAAUUAUUUACUACAGACUUCACCAAGUCAGAUGUUGGACGCAUACAGGAAAAUUUUUCCUGCGCCACCAAAUCCUGGUUUGCGUUACACAGAUGCAUGGUUUAACUUCGCGCAAUGGGCUCAUACCACGAACAUCCAAGAACUGACCUCCCAGAAGGUCGACUUCGGAAGAGGUUUAUAUGACCAGCUCCGGUCAAUACAAACGGCGAUGGAUUACCCAGGAGUAAAAAUGUGCGACAUCAGGGAGGUCAUGGCUCAGCCUCUGCAAAAAGAUGAUCCAUACAUACAGGCUGCAUUUAAGUUGCAGAAGAAAAAAUCGGCACCACCACCUAGCAAGGCUACAUGUUACAGGUGCGGUCGCAUCGGGCAUUACAGCUCAACGUGCCGUGUACAAUUACAAAAAGAGGCUUAUAAACCAAAAAACGGUUUCCGGCCCCGGAAACAGUGA